AUGCUCAAGUUUGACUUGUAUGACGGACAUGGGGAUCCUGUAGCUCAUCUGAGAGGUUAUUGCAGUAAAAUGAGAGGCGCCGGAGGAAAAGACGAAUUACUGAUGGCGUACUUCAGCCAGAGUCUUAGUGGGGGAGCUUUAGAAUGGUACACCCGCCAGGACGCCAGCAGGUGGUACACAUGGGACGAUAUGGCUAAGGCCUUUGCUCGGCACUUUCAGUACAAUAUAGACAUUGUCCCAGAUCGCCUAUCUCUGACCAAGGUGGAAAAGAGGCCCAGUGAAAGCUUUAGAGAAUAUGGGUUCCGAUGGAUGAAUCAAGCCGCGCGGGUCAAUCCUCCAAUGGAAGAAGACGAGAUGGUUCAAUACUUUCUUCAAGCCCUGGAGCCUACUUACUUCGGCCAUUUGAUCUCAGCCAUUGGUAAGUCUUUCAAUGAUGUGGUAAAGAUGGGAGAAAUGGUGGAAGAGGGACUCAAGUCAAGCAAGAUGAUGAGCUACUCCGCCAUAAAAGCAACCACAGUCGCAAUCCAGGGUGGCACCGGGAGUUUGCUAGGCAAGAAUAAGAAGGAUGAUGUCGCCAUGGUUGUCUCUGGACCAUGGCGUGGACCGAGAGGUUCACCUCACUCGUAUGCUCAGCCUCGGCCCCAACCUCAAGCCAACACCCCGGCUCCAUAUACUCCACCCCAACAUUACUUUCCCCCGCAAGACCCCCAAAACUCAGCCAGACCACCCCAAUACAAUGUUUACCAUGCACAGUCAUAUGCUCAACCCCCUCCUUACCUGCAAUGGCGUGCUACAAUUCCACAAAAUACUUAUCCAUCUCUACAACCCUACCAAAUUCCUACUGGUCCAAAUUUUCGACCAAGGCCGAAGUAUAGAAGGGAAAGGCAGCAGCGAAAACAAACUUUUACCCCGCUUGGAGAGUCCUAUGCCAGUCUGUUUCAAAGGUUGAGGCAGUUGGGCGUCUUGAGGCCGAUUGAGUCAAAGAUACCAAAUCCCUUUCCAAAGAACCUUGAUUAUUCCCUUAGAUGCGCCUAUUGUUCUGAUGCUCCAAGUCCAGUGAAAAGUAAUUUGGUUAAAGUUCCAGACUCUACCAAAGCAAUGCCCUUGACAGUUGAAGGGGUGACAGAGAAGCUGAGCUCGCUCUAUUUGAAGCCAUCGGUGUUGGUCGUGAAAGGGCCUUCAAAAGAUAUUGGGGAAAGUCAAGAAAAUCCAAAAGUGCUGCCAGUGGUUGAUAACAAGACCGUUCCGUGGAAUUACAAACAAGUGAUAGUGACAUACAAAGGAAAAGAGGUGGAGGAAGAAGUCAAUGAAACUGGAGGAUUGACUCAUUCUGUGAGAUGUUUUGCCCCAGAAGAAUUAAGGAAAGCCAAGGCGUUCAAGGAUAGUCAAAUACCUUUAAAGAAACCGGUCACUGAAGAAGAGGCUGAAGAGUUCCUGAAAAUGAUGAAAGUGCAAGACUAUUUCAUUGUGGAGCAUCUAAGGAAAACACUGGCUCAGAUCUCUCUUUUGUCUUUGUUGAUACAUUCAGAUGAACAUCGCAGGGCCCUGAUGAAGAUUUUGAAUGAGGCGCAUGUUCCUGAUAAGAUCACAGUGAACCACUUGGAAAAGAUAGCUAACAAGAUCGUCGAAGUAAACAGGAUCACUUUCUCAGAGGAUGAACUUCCUAUGGAGCGUAUAGAACACAACCGAGCUCUUUAUCUCACGGUGAAGUGCGAACAUUCUAUUGUCUUAAGGGUGUUGUUUGAUACUGGCUCUAGUGCAAAUAUUUGCUCUUUGUCUACUCGGCAAAAGUUGAAUAUCAGAACAGAAAGAAUCCACAUGAACAGUGUAUGUGUUCGAGGCUUUGAUGGGGGAGGUAAAGAUUCUAUUGGUGAUAUAAUGAUCGAAUUGUCGAUAGGGCCAGUUGAGUUCACUAUGGAAUUCCAAGUGUUAGAUAUGGCUGCUGAAGUUGAUAAGGGACCUUGGAUCUAUCAACUUUCGAAACAGAGUCUGUUGAGAAGAUUCCUGAAGGAAAAUGCAUUCCGGGGUAUUAUGCAUCCAGUGCGCCCCCGUGGAAAUCUUGGUACAUUUGGUUUGGGAUUCAUGACCACAGAGAAGGACAUGAAAAGGGUUAAACCAAGGACCAAAAAACCUCCAAUAUCAUCAGUCCCAAAACCUGUGGUCGAUGUUGAUGAAGAGCUGAUCAAGAGGUUCCAGAGUCUGUUUGAUGAGAUUAAUAUGGUAGAAGUUGGUGAAGGUUCUAGUAAAGCAGAUGUGCAGCUCGUUGGGCCAAAUGUGAAGCUUAGCAAUUGGGAAGCUACUACUCUCCCCGCCAGGAAGGAGUUUUAG